AUGGCAAGCUUUCGUAUGCCAGAGGAGUCCGAACAGCAUGCUGCUACAUGGAUGGUCUUCAAGGCAUCCAAAGCCAUCUGGGGCGGCGACCUGGCGCCCUACGUUGAGAAGGACCUCGCAGAGAUCGCCAAGACGAUCGCCAAGUAUGAAGCAGUGAAAGUUCUCGUCGCAGCAAAGGAUCGCCCGAGGCUCAGCCGACUCUUGGAGGGCGUGGGGGAACACCUUGAGGUGCUUGAAGCAGAAGCGGACGACCUUUGGGUCCGUGAUUCGGGUCCCGUUUUCACCGUCAGCGAAGCAGGCGAACUCCGGGCCGUGAAGUUCAACUUCAACGGUUGGGGCAAGAAGCAGAGGCAUUCUUUGGAUAACCAGCUUGCAAAGAAGAUCGCUGAUCUGGCUGGCGUCGAGCUUGUCACAUCUUCUCUUGUAUUGGAAGGUGGUGGAAUAGAGGUCGAUGGGGAUGGAACUGCCAUAAUCACCGAGAGCUGCGUGCUGAACGGCAACCGCAACCGAGGUGUGACGAAAGACGCUGCCGAGACGGAGUUAAAGUCCCUUCUGGGCCUGCAGAAGAUCAUCUGGUUGCCCGGAAUUGCCGGAAAGGACAUCACAGACGGGCACACAGACUUCUACGCACGCUUUGUGAGGCCCGGCACCGUGGUGGCGGCGCUUGAUCCCGACCCUCGGUCCUUCGACAAGGCCGUGACGGAAAAGCACCUGGCUCUCCUGCAAGAGGCAACUGAUGCAAAAGGCCGGAGGAUCGAGGUAGCUGUGCUUCCUGUGCCACGUAAGGUAAGGAGGAAAUCGGAAGACUUUGCUGCUGGCUACGUGAACUUCUACGUCACGAACGGAGCAGUUCUGGUUCCUGAGUUCGGUGAUCCCGUUGCCGAUGCGCAGGCGAUGAAACUGCUGCAGGGAUUGUUUCCGGGGAGAGUAGUGGAGCAACUGAAUAUCGACAAUGUGGCAGAGGGUGGCGGAGGAAUCCACUGCGUGACUCAGCAGCAACCCGCAGGAGUCUCAUGA